AUGGCGGAUGAUUUUAUUCAAGAAUGUCCGAGGUCAAAUCAAAUCUGUCCAAACAAGCAACGGUCUCUCUUUGAGCCAGUGAACAUCAGCCUUCUUUACAAAGCCAGCGUCCAUGGCUACAACUAUGCAGCAUUUCACAACAAAUGUGACAGACAAGGCCCUACCCUUACCGUGGGGUACAACAACUCCGGCUUCAUCUUCGGGGGAUACACCAGCAUGAGCUUUGCCCAGACAGGGCAGUACCUGGUAGACGAGAAAGCCUUCCUUUUCAGCUGGAACUCGAAUGAUCCAGAAAAACAGCCUCUCCGGAUUCCUGUUGCCAAUGCCCAAUAUGCCAUCCUUGAUAAUAAUGGCGGGCCAAAUUUUGGGGCAGCACUUGUAUUUCUUAAUGGCAAUGUGGCAGCAGUCAUCACAAACCCAGGGAACUAUUACACCUUCAGUGAUGCAGAGUUGCAUGGGGGUGAUUUAAAUCUCACUGAAUGUGAAGUGUAUCGAGUCGAAUCUUUUGGAUAUAUCCUGGAGAAGCCGUGGAGGACUGUCCAGUGGAAGGCAGAGAAAAGGAAAGAGUUAAUUGACACCAUCAGGCGUUACAAACCACCUGUGAUCACGGUCCCGCAAGUUCGGGUUCUGCUCGUUGGUCCGGUUGGUGCCGGGAAAUCCAGCUUCUUCAACUCUGUUAACUCAGUCUUCCGAGGUCAUGUGACCAGCCAGGCUCCCUCCCGCUGGGAGUUCAGCUACCAGUCUGACUACUAAGGUACUGGAAACAAGACUGUGUAACAAAGACAUAUUGAUCAGAGUAAUUGAGUUAGAAUUAGAAGUUCAGUUGCAUAGUUAGAUACUGUCAAGUAGAAA